CAAACGAAGAUCACUUCCGGUGUAUUUCACCGUGUGCUUUAGUUUGUUGGAAGAAAGGCCGACACAGCUACAAAUAUGCAGUCCCCUCUUGUGAAUAUCGCUUUGUUGUCGUCUUAUGUUUUAUUUUCUCUGACUCAUAUUCAGAAGGUUGCAGCUGAGGCGAAUGCGAGAGGGUUCGGAGACGGCAUCCAUUGGAGGAGUCUGGACGAUGGGAAGAAGGAGGCAGAGGCCAGUGGACUACCACUGAUGGUUAUCAUCCACAAGACAUGGUGUGGGGCCUGCAAAGCUCUGAAGCCCAAGUUCGCCGAGUCUAAGGAGAUCUCUGAGCUGGCGCACAACUUUGUCAUGGUCAACCUGGAGGAUGAGGAGGAGCCUAAAGAUGAGGCAUACAGUCCUGAUGGUGGAUACAUUCCCAGGAUUCUGUUCUUAGACCCCAGUGGUAAAGUCCACCCUGAGAUCACCAACAAAAACGGAAACCCCAACUACAAGUUUUUUUACAGCAACGCAGACCAAGUUGUGUCUGCUAUGAAACAAGCUCAGGAGAAGUUGACAGGUGAUGCCUUCAGGACCCACAUUGAAGACGAGCUGUAAAGGUGGUAGGAUCGGUGGGGGGAGAGAGAGAGAAGGCUGCAGGGUUUCUUCUCCACUACCCUUCGAUCCUGAAGUGUCCACUCGGUCCCUUCACUAUCACAUGCUUAGUGAACUCUGAAGGCUAGUAGAGGCACAUUUCAGGGCUCUCUUUCCAACCGUGUCCACUUUCUUUCCUCACCCCAUAACCUGUUGACCUACUGUCUAGAAACCAACUUUUUUUGUUGUUGUUUGUUUUACAUUUGUUCCAGUACCUCCACAAUCCUCUAGUUGUUUCAACUGUAUAGUCCUCUAGAGAGUGUGAAUGAAUGGGAGUCCCAUCUUGGUCAACCAGAAGCAAACCGUCUAUCUGACACACACAGGUGCUGAAGUUUUUAGUUUCUUCUCCAUGUACCUUGUUUUUUUUUAAAUCGUAAACUUCUGAUGUAAUCGAUCCACGUAUCGACGUGUAAUUCGAGGUUGAAUUACAGGCCGUAAUAACAACUCUGUAGAAGUUGAUCAACAGAACAGCCUGUAUCCAUAAACCGUCCUGUAUUUAAAAAACACACACACUUUUACACACAAGACUUCAGACGGUAAGAGUUCUCUUUUCAACGUUAACGUGUUUCCAACGUUUCAUUUUUGAAACGCUCCGUCAAUGUAUACAAAGGGGUCUUGAUUUCCAUCUCCUUUUUUUUCCGUGGGGGGGGGGGAUUUCUUUUAAAAUCAGUAUAUCAAUAAAAUGUUGAAUCCAGUCAUUUUUAUCUGGGGCAAAAUGUUCAAUUGCUAAAAAAUGAUUUGGUUUCGUGUGGACCACCCCCAAGCGGCUCAUAAUUCUGACGAGACCAAACUGCUUUCUGUGAAGAAUAGAAGGGACACGAGAUAAGUCUUCUCAUGCUGUAUUUUCUUUUUUACAUGUAUGUACACAGCCAAGUGUUAAUAAAGUUUGUUGUGUGGAAUGA